AUGUCCCCAUACCGGCUGGUGUUCGGAAAAAUGUGCCACCUGCCAGUAGGAGUAGAGCAUCAAGCUUACUGGGCCAUCAAGGAGAUGAACAUGAAUGCCGACACAGGAACUGCAGAAAGAAGAAUGCAACUACAGGAGCUUGAGGAGCUCCGUCUGGAUGCCUAUGACUCUGCUACGUGGUACAAGAAAAAAACGAAGAUGUGGCAUGACAAGAAUCUCCGCAAGAAGGAGCUCAAGGUGGGCCGGAAAGCGUUGCUGUUUCAGUCCAGGCUGAAACUGAUGCCAGGGAAGCUCAGAUCAAGGUGGAUAGGUCCUUAUACCAUUGUCGCCAUCCGAGCAAAUGGAGCAAUCGAACUCCAGGGAGGCGAUCCAGAUUCUCCUUCCUUCAUGGUGAAUGGUCAUAAGGUGAAGCCAUACAGAGAAGGAAUGGAGGUGUUUGUGGUGGAUGACAUUCCAUUACUCAUGCCUAACUCCUCCCAAUAA